UCUCCCGGCGUCUUGGCCGGAGGGGAGACUCUUGGUAUUUUCUAAACCACCUCGUGGAUUUGAACGUGGCUCCGCUCCGUGCGCGGCCGGCGACUUGUAGGACCCCAGCCCUGGCCGCGGCCGCCGCGCAAGCCCUCGGAAGACUCGGUGGGUGGGGACUCGGGAUCUCCGUGUGAGCCACGGGAGGGCCGAAGGCUGCUCUGGAGAGGGGUCCUCGCAGAGGCAGUUUGGGAUUUGCUGGGAAGCAUGGAGGAGAAUGAUCCCAAGCCCAGCGAAGCGGUGGUAGCGGCAGAAGGGCAGCAGCAGGCGGAAUCCAGCCCCGGCGGCGGCUCUGGCGGCGGCGGGGGCAGCAGCAGCCCGGCUGACUCGGACACCAGCCGCCGGCGAGCUCUGAUGCUGCCCGCGGUCCUGCAGGCACCAGGCAACCACCAGCACCCGCACCGCAUCACCAACUUCUUCAUCGAUAACAUCCUUCGGCCUGAGUUCGGCCGGCGAAAGGACACGGGGUCGUGCUGUGCUAGCGCGGGUGGAGGAAGAAGUGGCGGAGCCGGCGGCGAAAGCGGCGCGAUCGGUGCCGAGGGAGGCGGCGGCGCAGGCGGCGCGGAGCAGCUCCUGGGGGCGGGCGCCAGGGAGUCCCGGCAGAACCCGCCGUGCGCGCCCGGCGCGGGAGGGUCCUUACCCGCCGGCGGCGGCGACUCUCCGGGUGACGGGGAAGGCGGCUCCAAGACGCUCUCAUUGCACGGUGGCGCUAAGAAAAGCAGCGACCCCGGAGGCCCCCUGGACGGGGCGCUCAAGGCCCGCAGCUUAGGCGGCGGCGACCUGUCUGUGAGCUCGGACUCGGAUAGCUCGCAGGCCAGCGCCACCCUCGGCGCACAGCCCAUGCUCUGGCCGGCCUGGGUCUACUGCACGCGUUAUUCGGACCGGCCUUCUUCAGGUCCCAGGUCUCGAAAACCAAAGAAGAAAAAUCCUAACAAAGAGGACAAGCGGCCACGCACCGCCUUCACCGCGGAGCAACUGCAGCGUCUCAAGGCCGAAUUCCAGACCAACAGGUACCUGACGGAGCAGCGGCGUCAGAGCCUAGCGCAGGAGCUCAGCCUCAACGAGUCGCAGAUCAAGAUCUGGUUCCAGAAUAAGCGUGCCAAGAUCAAGAAGGCCACAGGCAACAAGAACACGCUGGCGGUGCACCUCAUGGCGCAGGGCCUGUACAACCACUCCACCACCGCCAAAGAGGGCAAGUCGGACAGCGAGUAGGGCGGCGGGCGGGCGCCCAGGCCAGGUCUCAGUCCGCGCGAAACAAUGC